AAGCUCCGUCAUUAGUAGCUGGGGUUCGGAAUAGGCAGUAGGUGGGGCGCCAUAUUGAAAGGAGUAAAUUGUCUCUAUCAAAUUAAAGCAUUCAUAUUUGUCAAAAUGCUGUACCUCGAGGAUUAUUUAGAAAUGAUUGAACAGCUUCCCAUGGAUCUGCGCGACAGGUUUACGGAAAUGCGAGAGAUGGACCUUCAAGUUCAGAAUGCAAUGGAUCAGCUUGAACAGAGAGUUGCUGAGUUUUUUGUAAAUGCAAAAAAGAACAAACCAGAAUGGAGGGAGGAACAAAUGACAUCAAUAAGGAAAGAUUAUUAUAAGGCUUUGGAAGAUGCAGAUGAAAAGGUUCAAUUGGCGAAUCAAAUAUAUGACCUGGUUGACAGACACUUACGCAAGUUAGACCAGGAGUUAUCAAAGUUCAAAAUGGAGUUAGAAGCUGACAACGCUGGAAUUACUGAAGUACUGGAAAGGCGUUCUUUGGAAAUGGACACUCCUUCCCAGCCAGUAAACAACCACCAUACUCAUUCACAUUCAUCUUUAGAAAAAAGAAAAUACAAUCCACCUUCUCACCAUACAACAACAGAUCACAUUCCAGAAAAGAAGUUCAAAUCAGAAGCUCUUUUAUCCACACUUACUUCAGAGGCUUCUAAAGAAAACUCACCUGGGUGCAGAAACAGCAGUGUAACAUCUACAUCAAACAGUAUGUACAAUGUAAAUACUUCUCAGCCAUUAACAACAUACAACUUGAGCUCAUUGUCCACAACAUCUGGAACUGCUGCUAACUCUGGGGCGGGCGCUGGGGCUAUUACUAUGGCAGCAGCACAGGCAGUUCAAGCAACAGCACAGAUGAAAGACGGAAGACGAACAUCUAGUUUAAAAGCUAGCUAUGAAGCCUUCAAAAAUAAUGAUUUUCAGAUCACACGAGAAUUUUCCUUACCGAGAGAAACUUCUGGGUAUUCUUCUUCAGCACUAGCAUCUACAUUAACACAAAGUUUGAGUUCAUCGUCUGCUGAUUCCAGGAGUGGGCGAAAAAGCAAAAGUAACCACAAGUCUUCAAAUCAUCAGUCUUCUUCAUCUUCAUUAUCAUCAUCACUGUCUUCCUGCUCUUCAUCAUCAGCUCUAGCUCAAGAACUUACUCAACAAACUGCAGUGCUUCCAGAGUCUGAAAGUAAUAGUCAGGUCGAUUGGACAUAUGAUCCAAAUGAACCGCGAUACUGUAUUUGCAACCAAGUAUCCUAUGGAGAAAUGGUUGGCUGUGAUAAUCAAGAUUGUCCUAUUGAAUGGUUUCAUUACGGAUGUGUAGGAUUAACAGAGGCCCCCAAAGGAAAGUGGUUCUGUCCCCAGUGCACUGCUGCUAUGAAGAGAAGAGGCAAUCGACACAAAUGAACUUUUGCUCAGUGUACUCUAGAAACUUAAAGAAGUACUUUAUGAGCGGGUGCAGAAUAAACUGGAACCAUAAAGAAAUGCAUUAUGGUUUCCCAAGAAUUUUGUUUUUCUAGUCUUUAGAGAUGCAGACAACAGUAACAGGAACUUAAUUGGUUAGCAGCACUAAUGAUGUCCUCCAUGUAUAUACUUACUUUUGUGUGAUUUUUUUUCAUUGUUAACUUAACAUAUGCAAACAGUUCUACUGUUUUAUAUUUCUCAGAGAGAAUAUGAUAUUAAAAUUCCUUUGGGAAUGGUCAGGAUGCAUAUGUAGAACAGAGACAGCUGCUUUUAUUAUGUUUCAGUGUAAUCAGUGGUUGCAGAAAAAGUCAGCAAGGAAAAAAGUUUUUGGAAUAUAUGUGAACUCCACAGAGUGUUGUUUCUUUUAUGAAGUUAAAUAGUUCAGCUGGCUGAAGAAAAUAGAUGUCUUACUAAGAGACCUAGUAUACACAAAUAUACUUUUUAUUUUAGUUUAUUUAUUUUUUACGUUAGCAAAUUUACUUGCACUGCAGACUGUGCCAUUGGUAUGUGUAACUUUACACAAGUAACUGAAACAGGAAUUUUGUCAUCAACAAAUGGUCUUCCUUCAAGGUGGCUUCAUUCAGUAGCAGGUGCUGUAUAUCGGACAGACUGGUUCUAGUUAUCUUGUUGUAUCAGAUGUCUGCACCACCAGUGACAGAAUGACCCUGUUUCCCGCUCUCAUAGUUACAAAAUAUUUGCUUCUGUUUUUUUUUUUUUUGUUUAAUUCAUCUUAGUUAAUUUUUUCAAAGUCACAUAUCUCUUCCUGUAGGGUCUUGUAAGUGCCUGUGCAGUUGUCAGUUGUUUUCAAGGGCUUUCAUUCACUUGACCCUCCUUUGUCUACUGUGAUCCUUUAGCAUCAUCAGCCCAGCUUUCCAGUAGCAUGCAAUUGACAGAGUGCAUGAAAGACAUCAGGCAGAAAUGGAUUCCUAAAAAAUAAAAGUUAAUUGCAACUCAGAUGCUAAAGUAAAACACAAUGUAUAGAACGUAAAUAGCAAGUGGGAAGCAUGUGCUUUGUGUAGUAAGCUUUCGUCUUUCAAAUUCAUCAUACUUGAGUGAAUGUAUUAUGCAGCCAUUUAAUAACAAAAAAAAAAUCAGUAAAAAGGGUUAAAAUUACAUAUCAAAUACAGUUACUUAAAAUAUAUCCAUAUAGAAACACAUAGUAACUAUUAUUUACAUCUGUUAUGUUUCAUGUUAGGGUUUAUAUUAACUGUUCAUUUAACCAAGUUCACAGUAAAGAUGGCCUUUGGAGACCAUACUUGUUCUACAUUUUAAAUACUAAGUCUGAGGGGUAAGACUGUUUCCGUGGGUGCUCCCUAUGAAGAUGCAACAUUAUAAAUGUAGAGUUAAGAAACUGUCUCUUCCACAAAGAAGUGUGCUUCCCCGUUAAAACUUGUCACCUAAGCCUCUUGCUAUUAUUUGUGUGUGUCCUCUUUUGAAAAUCUAUGUAAGGUACUUUUUUCAGCAGCCAAGCUCUUAUCUACUUGCUCUCAGAAGAUAAAACUGUUCUGACAGAGUCCAGGAAUUGCCCAGUGUUCUGUAUAGACUUCCAUUGGCUGGUCCCUUUGUUAUUAAUUUAAAUGUGUUUAAAGGGUCUUAACAUGACAGAGAAAGCAAUAUUGACAGGUUGUGCAAAAGGGUUUACAUUUAUUUAUCUGUGAAUAUUUAAGCUCUAAGGGAUGAGAGACACAUAUUUAAGUAUCAAAUUGGUAGUUUAACUAAGGAUUUAGCUAAUGUUACCGGUGACUUCUUUUAGCUAACCCAUAUAGAGUAUGACUUGAUGGUUAGUUGAGCAUGAAAUCUUUUGAGUACUUCUGGAGAAAUAUUUUCUUUGAGUAUCUUCUGGUAUGACGAGUACCCUCAUGCAGCGUUACUGCCUUUCAUAUGCCAGCACCGUAAUCUAAAUGGGCUCAAGUCUGUUAUGUAAGAUUCAGUGUCUGGAAAUCUUGGAGGAUCCUUCUUAAAACUUAUUUUCCAUAUCAGAGUCCUGAACCACAUUUGAUAGCCAGAUUUCAGUCCCUGUUAUAGAAAAGAGGCCAAAAGAAUUGCAUAGUCAUGUUUCUUUUCAUAGAAUUUUACAGUCCCAAAAUUAGAAGGUUGUUUCAGACCUGUCUUGGACUUGGCUCCAUGUUUGUCUUCAUAAGUUUAUUUUUGUUUGUAGUGACUAACAGUUUGCUUCUAAUCAUCCAGUAUCAGAAUGUCUUGACUUAUUUCAUGGGUAAUAAUUACUGUAUCAAGCUUUUCCUCCUUGCAAGUACUUCCCUGAAGUGGGUUGGGGUGGAGCUUUGCCCUUGGUUCUGAUGAUUUUAACCUAGACUCGUUUGAAAAUUGCAGAAACAUUUCUUCUACAUGAUCUGACUCACUCCACUGCCUGUCAUAUUAGUUGCAGUUCAUAUUACUGGAACUGUAGGAGUUUGAACAUUAGACUUUUAACUUUUAGGGUGCACUCUUUGUUUGUGACUAUGACCAUCUGGAAUUUGUUUAUAGGAAGUGUCUCUUAGUAGGCUUCUUAUCUAUUCUUAAAACCCACCAGUUUAAACAAGUUAAAGUUUUACACUAAAGUGAAAUUGGCACCAUUUUUCUUAUUGUUUAAUUUACUUUUUCAAAUGUUUUAGUAAAUAUAAACUGCACAUCUAGCUAUUUUUGUUUUCAGUUUUAAACAAUUUUUGUUAAGUAUGAUUUUAUAUUUGUAUUUUGUAACGUAAUGUAAUAACUGCCAGUUGAAUUGUGUGCAGUAAAAAUAAAGAAUGACUGUUAUUCAAUACCA